CCCCCCCCCCCCCUCUCUACUCUGUGAUUAAUGAGUUACGGAGUAAUUUUUACCAUUAUUGCGGGCACCUAGAGAGAGAGAAAAAAAAAAAAGCAGAGCAAGAGCAAUCUCUCUCCAGUCAUCAAUUUGAUUAAAAAGAAAUGCCGAGAGAAACCCUAGCUUUAGCUUCAUCUUCAUCUAGCAAUACCAAUAUUCCACCUCCCGAAGAUGAUUGGGUUAAAACCUACCAAAGGUUACUUCCCCAAUGGCAAUCUCUCACUCUCUCUCACUCUCACCAGUCUACAAUUCCGAUUACAAUAUCAAGAGUUAAUCAGGUGGAUGCAGGACGACUGGAUAUUGAAAUGUCUGCCAUGUUGAAAGAGCAGUUGGUUAAGGUUUUUACUUUAAUGAAGCCAGGAUUGUUAUUUCAAUAUGAACCAGAACUUGAUGCUUUCCUCGAGUUUCUCAUUUGGCGAUUCUCUAUUUGGGUUGAUAAGCCUACUCCGGGAAAUGCUCUCAUGAAUUUGAGGUAUAGAGAUGAACGAGUGAUUGAAACGAGAGGAAAAGUCAGGAUGGGUUUGGAGGGACCUGGACUCACUGUUGCUCAGAAGCUUUGGUAUUGUGUUGCUACUGUUGGUGGUCAGUAUAUCUGGUCCCGUCUACAAUCCUUUUCCGCUUUCCGUAGAUGGGGUGAUUCUGAACAGAGGUCACUUGCGCGCCGAGCAUGGAUUUUGAUACAACGUAUAGAAGGAAUUUAUAAAGCGGCCUCAUUUAGCAACCUUCUCAUAUUUCUUUACACAGGAAGGUAUAGGAAUCUAAUUGAGAGAGCUCUACGUGCAAGACUUGUCUAUGGGAGCCCCCAUAUGAAUCGAGCUGUUAGCUUUGAGUACAUGAACCGCCAGUUAGUGUGGAAUGAGUUCUCGGAAAUGUUGUUGUUGCUUCUUCCUCUUCUUAAUUCAUCAUCCAUCAAAAAUUUUCUUCGUCCAUUCUCAAAGGAUACGUCAUCAAGUUCUGCAGAGGAUGAAACUGUCUGCCCCAUUUGCCAAGCGAGUCCAACCAUUCCUUUUUUAGCUCUCCCCUGUCAACACAGGUACUGUUACUACUGCCUUCGAACACGGUGUUCUGCAGCUCCAUCGUUCCGGUGCUCCAGAUGCGGUGAACCAGUUAUUGCCUUGCGACGGCAUGGUGGCUUAACCAACAAUAAUACUCAACAACAAUGAUAAUUCCACAGGGUAGGAAAUGGGAAAAAAAAGAAGGAAAGUACUAUACAAAUGAUGUAUAAAAAAUGCGUGAAAUUGGCAUUACUAUUGAUUAUUGAAUUAAGGAAUCAAGAUUCCUUGAAAAAGCAUUUAUAUUCCUUUCUAUAUAGAUUAGCUCCAUUCUUUAUCAACUUUAUGUAACUCAUUCAAUGUGGCUAUUUUUCCCCCUGGGCUGUUUCUUACUCUCUUCAACUCUUCUCCUUGCUUUAUUCUAUCAUAUGUCACUCAGCUCAUUAAAAAAAUAAUUUUGAGCUUUUUCUUUGUCCGA